AUGGCUCCACUCAACAAGAUGAUUGAUCUGGACAUUAGCCAAGCUUCGGUAAAUGAGUCCGAUCUCAAUCAAGACCGAGGGAUGAAGGAGCCACAGCAUAGGGAUAUGGCUGUCUUCAAGCGUUUGGAGGAUGACGAGGACGUCCCUGCCGCCACCAAACCUACCAUGUGUUCUGGCGCUCUUUCUUUUCAAGACUACAUUGAAUUUUUGGUCGAUGCUAACGCAGUUCCAGCGCGUGAGAAGGAGUGGUCAACAGAUUUACUGGAGCACCAGCCCUUUGACCUUGACUGUUUGCUCGAGGACUUUUUGGUCGGCAGUGAACAUCAUGAUCCAGAACCAACCAAGAAAUCGUGUUCAAAAAGUUCACGGCACAAGCUCGAUGAAGCGCCAUCUAUUCAUAUGUGUAUUCAGACGAGGAGAUUGAACAACAUGUUGGACAAUGUGGAUGGCAGUAGCAUGCGCAUAGCAUCUAAGGCUCACAAAGAGCCAUCAUCCAAGAAGGUCCAAAAAGGAAAGAGAGGACGCCGACCAAUCUCCCGCUCCUCAGCUCCUGACCUCCGAGCCAAGUCUAUGGCUGCUAAGUCCACGUCUAAGCAUGCUGGAAGUCACAAUUCAUCUUUUUCUACGCUCCAAGAAGCCAAAAGUUCCUCACUCGUGAGCAGAGAUGAGAUGCAAGCGGCGAUUCGUGAAGCCCUGAUUGGUGUCCGCCAAUCAACCUCACCAGCUGAAAAGAAGUUUGCAACACAGGACGAACUUCCUCCAGCGAUGAUUGACGAGAGCCCAGGCCAGCCCACCAAAAAGAAGCCUGCAAGCAAGAAAAUAAGUACACCAGACAGGCUCAUCGCUGACUCCAAGGUUCUCGCCAAGAUUCUACACGCAUCCUCUGGUUCCACUCUCUCUCGAAUAAUACGCUCAAAUUUCCAGAAGACGAUGGACGAGAGUGAUCUGAAUGUCGACUCAGCGGACAUUCAGAAAGCCAAAGUGGAGGAGCAGCAAGCAUCUAUGAAAAAGGAACUGCGAGAGAAAGAAGAAACAAUUAAGGCUCUCUCUCGACAACUAGAGGAAGCAAGAAAAUUGAAUCAACAGAAGGAAAUGGAAAUCAUUAGGAGAAAGGCAGUGGAUAAAACCAGAAGGCCAUCAAGACCUGUAAAGCCCGUUGCCAGACGAAACGCGGUUCCGCGUCGUGUUAUCCAACAUAGCGAACUGACGCCUGACAGCGCGAGGCGAAGCACCAAACCACGCAUUGGUGUUGUUGACCGACAUAGCGAACUGUCGUUGCCUAACACCAAAUCACGAAAACAAACUGCUUCCGAGGGCAGUGCUGAAUCCAUAGUUCGGAGAAAGAAAGCAAAGGCCGCUAGAACCAAGGAUCCUCUUCAGUGUGUAAGUGUCGAUGCAACGGAUAUGCAAGAAGAAACAAGCAUGAGCCGCCCAUGCCAAAAGGUGAAGAAUAAUCGCGUUUCGGAGACUUCGACAAAGAGAAAGUCAAGAAGAUCGACAUCUAGUAACGCUUCGAAAGGGCAGACAGUCCCAAGAAGAUCGACAUCUCACCGAGGAGGAAAGACUUCGAAAGGGCACACAGAUUUGAAAGUCAAAAGGAGUACAUCUGAGGGAUCAAUUCUAAAAAAAGGAACCGAGUACUAA